CCUUUCACCAUCCCACUUGAAUCACAACUUAGCAAGACAUCAAGUUUUUCUAGUAAUGGCUUGUUUUGGAAGAAUCGCCUUUAUUUUUGCACUAGUUUUUUUCUCCCUGGCUCUUGUCUCUAACGCUAGACAUAAUCCCCUGCACCAUUCUAGACAUAGACAAAAAUUUGUUAGUGUAAAAGGAUCCCACUUUAGUCUUAAGAGAUCUCCAUUUCUCUUCAAUGGUUUCAAUUCUUAUUGGAUGAUGAGUGUUGCCGCAGACCUCAAUAUGAGACACCAAGUCACCCAAGUCUUUAGAGAUGCCUCUGCUGCCGGCAUGUCGGUGUGCCGGACAUGGGCUUUCGCUGAUGGAGGUAGUAAUGCACUCCAGCUUUCUCCAGGCAAUUAUGACGAACGUGUUUUUCAGGGACUGGAUUUUGUGAUUUCUGAAGCGAAAAGAUUUAACAUAUAUUUGAUAUUAAGUUUCGUAAACAACUAUAAGGACUAUGGAGGUAGACAGCAGUAUGUUCAGUGGGCUCGCAAUGCAGGAGUGCAAGUGAAGAACGAUGACGAUUUCUAUACACAUCCGGUAGUGAAAGGAUAUUACAGAAAUCAUGUUCAGAGGGUGAUAACGAGGAUCAACACCAUAACGAAAGUGGCCUACAAGGACGAUUCUACAAUCAUGGCGUGGGAGCUCAUGAACGAACCCCGUUGCGACGUGGAUUACUCUGGUAGAACCGUAAACGGAUGGGUUCAAGAAAUGGCAAGUCUCGUGAAAUCGAUCGACAAGAAGCACUUGUUGACGAUCGGCAUGGAAGGCUUCUACGGGGACACCAUGCCUGAGAAGAAACAGUUCAAUCCGGGUUAUCAAGUCGGGACUGAUUACAUCAGCAACCAUCUGAUCAAAGAAAUCGACUUCGCCACCAUACACGCCUACCCUGAUAUAUGGUUGGCCAAUCAAAAUGAAGCUGCACAAAUGGCCUUCAUGGGGAGAUGGAUGCGAAGCCAUCAUACGGACGCCAAGACCAUUCUGAAGAAGCCGCUAGUAAUAGCUGAAUUCGGCAAAUCAAGUAAGGACCCGGGUUUCAGUUUAGGCUCCAGAGAUGUUUACAUGGGCGCGGUGUAUAAGUACAUUUACAGAAGUGCGAGACAUGGUGGUACUCUGGGCGGCAGCCUGGUGUGGCAGGUGUUGGCUCAAGGGAUGCAGCAGUAUGGCGAUGGUUAUGAGAUCGUCUUAUCCGAAAAUCCGACGACUGACUCGGUGAUUUCCCGACAGUCUCAUGCCAUGAACGCGUUAUCUCAUCUUGGUUAAUUAGCACAGCUGAUUAAUAAUUAAUUAGUCGAUCGUCGUUAGAUUAAUUUGUGGAAGUGGGAAGUGUUACUAGCUAGCAAUCAGCUAUCUAAAUUGUAGUUGUAUUGUCGUCGACAGCUUUGUAAGUAGGAGAUGAUUUCUACUUUUGUUUAGAGUUGUUCUUAAUUGUAACAACCACUGUCGAUUCAAUAAACUUCAUAAUUUUUAGCAUCAA